GCGUCCUGGAAGCGUCAGAAUUUGCAACAGCGCGGCUGGUUGUUCGUUGUGGUGCAACAUGUGUGUUGAGUGGGGUCGCGUCGGUGGAAAAUUGGGGUUGGGAUUGGUUAGCAAUGCGUGAUUUGACGUGAAUAAGCGUCGAGAAUAGAUGACAUCUGGUGGGUCAGUCUAAACAAAUCUCAGCACUGGUUUUCUUCGACCGGUUUUACUUUCACCAGCUUCGUGUGCAUUUCCUUUUUAGCAUAGGGUAUUUGUCAUCGCACUGACAGCUUGAGAAGCCCUGCAAGGGCACCAUGAACGGCGCUGGCGGCGGCCCCUCGUCGGCGCGCGGCCCGGGCCCCGUGCCGCCGCGCUGGCUCCAGUGCCCGCGCAAGGCGCUCACCGUCGUCGACGACAAGUUCCUGGCGUUCAAGACGCCGCUCUCGGCCUCGUUCGACGGCCAGGUGCCGGUCGAGUGUCGCUUCACGCCUGGCAUGCUGGUGGCCUCACUCAAACAGUACAAGGUAAAGCUGGGGCUCUGGAUUGACCUGACCAACACGAGUCGCUUCUACCCGCGCGACGAGGUCGAGGCGUUCGGCUGCAAGUACGUGAAGCUGCAGUGCCGCGGCCACGGCGAGACGCCGUCGCCGGAGCAGACGCGGCUCUUCAUCGAGGUCUGCUCGCACUUCAUCGCCAAAAACCCGCUGGAGAUCAUAGGGAUCCACUGCACACACGGCUUCAACCGGACCGGCUUCCUCAUCUCGUCGUACCUGGUAGAGAAGUGUGACUGGAGCGUCGAUGCGGCCAUCGAUGCCUUCGCUCGUGCUAGGCCGCCGGGGAUCUACAAGAAGGACUACAUAGACGAGCUGUUCCGGCGGUACGGGGACGUGGAGGACGCACUGGACGCGCCGGAGCUGCCCGACUGGUGCUACGAGGAGGCCAACAACGGGGUUGACGACGACGGACACCCGUUGCCGUCGGAUGCGGACGAGGCGGCGCCCGGCGGCGGCGGCGGUGGCGGUGGCGGUGGCCGCCGGCGGGAGCGCGUCAAGAAGAACCCCCAGUUCAUGGAGGGCGUGCCGGGCGUGCGCUCCAUCACCUCGCAGCCGCGGCUGGGCCAGAUCCAGAAGCGCAUCCAGCAGAUGUGCGGCUGGCAGGAUAGCGGCUUCCCCGGCUGCCAGCCGGUUUCCAUGGACCGCGACAACAUCCUGUUCCUGCAGGACAUGCCUUACAAGGUUUCCUGGAAGGCGGACGGCACCAGGUACAUGAUGCUGAUCGACGGAGAGGACCAGACCUACUUCGCCGACCGAGACAACUCGAUAUUCAGGGUCAGCGGUCUCACCUUCCCCUACCGGAAAAAUCUCAGCGAGCAUCUCUCCGACACACUCCUGGACGGGGAGAUGGUAAUCGACCGCAUCAACGGCGAGGACCACCCGCGGUUCCUGGUGUACGACGUCAUCCGGUUCCGCGGCGAGGAGGUGGGCAAGACCCGCUUCGACACGCGCCUCACCUGCAUACGGAAGGAGAUCAUCGACGCGCGCCACACGGCGGCCGAGGCGGGCCGGCUGGCCAAGGGCAGCGAACCGUUCUCAGUGCGCGCCAAGGACUUCUGGGACCUCUCUCACACGCACAGCCUGCUGAGCGACAAGUUCUGCCGGUCACUGGGCCACGAGCCCGACGGACUCAUCUUCCAGCCGCUCAACGACCCGUACGUGCCCGGCCGCUGUGACAUGGUGCUCAAGUGGAAGCCCGCCUCGCAGAACUCGGUCGACUUCAAGUUGAAGAUCGUGAACGAGGGCGGCGAGGGGAUGCUGCCCAGAAAGGUGGGCAUGCUGUACGUGGGCUCGCUGCAGUCUCCGUUCGGCAAGAUCAAGGUGACCAAGGAGCUGCGCGAGCUGAACGGCAAGAUCAUCGAGUGCACCUACGAGAAGAACCAGUGGGUGUUCAUGCGCGAGCGGACAGACAAGAGCUUUCCCAACGGCUUCGAGACGGCCAAAUCCGUCUGCAACACGAUCCAGCACCCGGUGACGCGCGAGAUGCUGCUCUCCUUCAUCCGCGACCAGGCCAAGCGGCGGCCGGACCACGACCUGAUGCCGCCGCCAGCCGCCAAGCGACAGCGGUGAGCGCGGCCGGCACCGGCGUCCGGCGGCGGCGGCGGCGCGGCCGGACCCGCGCUGACUCGCCCCUGGGACGCGCGCGAACCGCCGUCGGAGCGCGGCGAGACGCGUGUAAUGACGGCCGAGGGGCGACUGGCGCCGGGCGGUCCGCGAGAGCCGCGCGACACCAAGUCCCGUAACGUCGGUGAUUUCGGUGACGCCGCUUGGGGACGCGCGUCACCGGUCACCGCAUUGUCACGCGCGGCGCCAUGUGUCGUUGACUAUCGGCUGUCGUGCCGGUCGCCCUUGAGGUCCGGCUCGCGCCGCGUGACCCGGCCGCCCGGUCGGGAGGCGGGGCGCCCGCGACCCAGCGGCCGAAGCUCCGGUCGCCGCCACGCCGCGCCGCUGGUGUUUUAUUCGUGUUCUGGCGUUCGCCCUCGGCGCCGCGUCCCUGUUCGCGAGAGCACGGUGUCCAUUUCUUCUAUUUAUACAAUACAGAUUACG